UGUGAUGAUCCCCAUCCCCUCAAUUCCUCGCGAUCCCGCCGUGCUGACCUCAUCAUACUCGGCAAUGGACGCUCCCGGCCGCGACCACUUCGCCGACCCGACGACGCCACCGACUCCGACUCCGACGACAGCCGCCGCCGCAGCGUCCGAGUAAUCGACCUGCUUCCGCUCCAAAGGAAGAAGCUUGGACACUUCCCCAGCUACGAUCGGUCGGGCGGGAAGUGGCAGGGCCAGGGGAGGGGCCGCCGCCAGUUCCGCGGCGUGCGCCAGCGCCCGUGGGGGAAGUUCGCGGCGGAGAUCCGCGACCCUAACCUCGGGAAGCGCGUCUGGCUCGGCACCUUCGACACCGCCGAGGAGGCCGCCGCCGUCUACGACGGCGCCGCGAUCCGCCUCCGCGGCCGCCGGGCAGUCACCAACUUCCCCUUGUCGCCGUCUUCCGCAACGCCCUUCUCGUCCGUGCCGUCGCCUAUGAGCUCGACGACAAUCGCUUCUACUCCUACUCCUCCGGUGUGUUCUUCUGAGGUGGAGAUCUCGUCGGCCUCAACUCCGUCCACCCAAUCGUCGUCGGUGAUCGAUGCGGACGAGGACGUGGUGGGGAUGCGGUGGUUUGAGGACAAGCCGUUCGAAUCCAUGGAGUUUUGCCUGCCGUCGGCGCCGACGGGUAGCCAGUGCGAGUUCGGCGGUCUCGGUGAUCUUGACGACCUCUUCUCGCUGGAGCCGGAGCCGGCGAGCCAUAAUUGCCCUGGAGGAAAUUUGCAUCUUUAAGUUUGGUCGACUACAAAUCGAGAGAUGAGAGGAGUAUGCAGCAGAACUUGUCAUAUAGUAAUCUUGUUUUGUUUUGUUUUGUUUAAGGAGGUUGGGAGCCGAAUCAAUUUUAGGAUAUCUGACGAUCAUCGAAUUGUGUGCUGCUGUAUUGAGUCUUGUGUCUGCCUUAUGUCGUGUGUGGUGGGACUUUUGCCUUUGCAACAACAAUCAUGGAUAUUCACCUGAUUAUAUAGACACAUUGCGCACAACUUUGUCAAUAACUAGUUUAAAUUGAUGGUGUCAAUCUUACCGCCUAUGCAUCUAGAGUAAUUUUUUUCAAAGCACCAUCAGCAAUUCAGAACACGUUUUAUCAGCUCUAAACACGCAUAAGUUCAUCUUCAGAUGAAUAGUACUUCAAUCCUAAGACCCCCAGCACCUUGCAGUUGUGUAGCGUGCGAGUACAAAAAGCAGCAAUUAAUUAUAUUAUAUAGUGCAAAGUAUGGUACAAAUAUUAACAUAGGGGAGGAUGCUGCAGCAGCAGCAGCUAUAUGUCCAUUUACAUGUAGGCGGAUGAGGCGUUGACCAAGC